AUGGGCAAGACAAUGGAUCCUGCAGCUGUUACUGCUGGUGCGUCUCUGGCUGGCACCUCUGUCGAGCAGAUAUCCCAGAGUAUGGGAACAUGGAGACAUGUCACCAUUCAAAUCUCCAAUCGCAGUGAAACAUAUAUCUUAGCAAAUCCAAAGGUCCACACCAACAAUGGAUAUUGUUUCCGUCCUCCACAACCGACCAUUGAAAAAAACACCAUAGAGGUGUGCUCCUUCUCCAAGAUGGCACGCGUACCUCGUGGAUGUUUUGGAGUCAUGACAUAUCAGAUCCUCAGAAAUAGAAAGGACUGUGUUGCUGAACUGGCCAUCAUGUUCUCUGUGCCUUUUGCCUACAAGUGGUUUCAAAACUGCUUUGCUCUCGGCAUUUAUGAAGCAGGCACUGCAUGUGAUGAUGCUCUGUCCUACCAGAUGUAUUAUAUCACUGGUCCAUUCACCAAAAGCAGAGGCACAGGGAGUACCUUAACUUACUCUGGGGGAGAUGUCAUUGUGAAGGGAACCAUGUCUACUGGAGGCCGAUCAGUUAUGAAAAUUGAAUUUUGGGAUGCAUAG